UGUAUUUUGAUAAGAACGAGGCUCAAAACUAUUCAAUAUAUACUGAUAAUUACCCUCAAUCAGUUCGGCGCAGACCUGUUUCAUGCCCGAAUUCAGGUCCAAAUUCGAGUCCGGCUGAAGGCUGAAGUUCAGUUUCCGGAAUAAUUUGAAACCCUCCCAGAGUCAGCAAUCAAAAUAAAAUUAGGUCAAAAUUAAUAGCGCUUCCAACCGAAUUCAGUAUUCUAUUAAUAAGAUUGGCUACUUCUAUCUCUAUUUUUCUCACGAACCAGAACUAAAUUCGAUCACCAUCAGAUUCAGUUCGUCCAUUUUCAGGCUUGGCUCUGGCGUUACUAUUGAGAGAAAUCAAGAAAUUGGAGUACCGAAAUCAACUGUAAAUGGCUACAGCAACGUACCCACCGCCUCCGCCGUAUUACAAGCUCUACAAGGAUUAUAUACAGAACCCCAACUCAGCUCCCGAGCCGCCACCCCCAAUCCAAGGCACUUAUGUUCUCUACGGAGCAAAUUACACCACUGAUGAUGUGCUUCCUACUCUAGAAGAGCAGGGUGUCCGUCAAUUGUACCCGAAAGGGCCAAAUGUUGAUUUCAAGAAGGAGCUAAGAUCACUAAACAGAGAAUUGCAGCUGCACUUGUUGGAGCUUGCUGAGAAAAGUGAUUACAGAAAAAUAGAAUGA